GGGGUGGUGGAGGUGGUGGUGGUGGUGGUAGGAGGGAGUCUCUUCUCUUCUGCGCCCGACAGGCUGUGCGAUCCUCAGCAGUGUUCUGAGACUGCACAGUCCCGGUCCCGGUCCCGCUCCCGGUCCCGGUCCCGCGCUCUCUCACGGAUUUAAAGGACUCGCCUGGAAGUUGGACUCUACCGUCCCGGGAUUUACUACAUGGAGAAAAAGAGGAGCAGCUCGGAGCGGCGCAAGGAGAAGUCCCGCGAUGCGGCGCCGCUCCAGGCGCAGCAAAGAGACGGAGGUCUUCUACGAGCUCGCCCACCAGCUGCCGCUGCCCCGCCAGCGUCAGCGCCCCACCUGGACAAGGCCUCCAUCAUGAGGCUGGCCAUCAGCUUCCUGCGCACACGCAAGGUGAUCGCCACAGGCGGCCGGGGGAGCAGCGGCAGAGACGGCGAGGACGACCAACAGAUGGACAGUCUGUACCUGAAGUCUCUGGAGGGGUUCGUCACCAUGGUAACAUCCGACGGGGACAUGAUAUUCCUGUCCGAGAACAUCAGCAAGUUCAUGGGGCUCACGCAGGUGGAUCUCACUGGUCACAGCAUCUUUGACUUCACCCACCCGUGUGACCACGAGGAGAUCCGAGAAAAUCUCAGCCUGAAGACAUCUGGCAGCGGCUCGGGUAAAAAAGGCAAAGACCUGAGUACUGAGCGAGAUUUCUUCAUGAGGAUGAAAUGCACGGUGACCAACAGAGGACGCACCGUCAACCUCAAGUCAGCCAGCUGGAAGGUGCUGCAUUGCACCGGACACCUGAAGAUGUACAGCAGCUGCCCCCCACGCGUGCUGUGCGGCUUCAGCGAGCCCCCGCUCACCUGCGCCGUGCUGAUGUGCGAACCCGUCGCACACCCGUCCAACAUCGACGCGCCGCUGGACAGCAAGACGUUCCUGAGCCGACACGGCAUGGACAUGAAGUUCACCUACUGCGACGAGAGCGUGACACAGCUGAUGGGCUACGCUCCCGAGGACCUGCUGGGCCGCUCGGCCUACGACUUCUACCACGCGCUGGACUCCGACGGCGUCACCAAGAGCCACCACAACCUGUGUUCCAAGGGGCAGGCGGUGAGCGGUCAGUACCGCAUGCUGGCCAAGAACGGAGGCUACGUGUGGGUGGAAACCCAGGGGACUGUCAUCUACAACAGCCGCAACUCCCAGCCCCAGUGCAUAGUGUGCAUAAACUAUGUCCUCAGUGACAUCGAGGAGAAGUCGAUGGUUUUGUCCUUGAAGCAGACGGAGUCGAUGUUCAAGCCACAGGGCAUGAGCAGCUUCUUCACCGCCGGGGACGCAGGCGCCGCCGGAGAGCCGGGAGACGCGCUCUUCGCCAAGCUCAAAGAGGAGCCCGAGGAGCUCACCCAGCUGGCCCCGACUCCUGGAGACACAAUCGUCUCCCUGGACUUCGAUCGCCCUCCGUUUGAGGAGCCGCCGCCGCCGCCGCCCGUCGGGUACCCCCAGGUGCCUCCCGCGGCGGCGUCCCUCCCGGGAACCGCUUCCUGGGUCAGCGAGAUCAGCAGGCCCGGCCCUCCGGCGUCGGCUCAGCGGGACGCGGCCAACGCGUUCACCGUGCCCCAGAACCCUCCGCCGGGCAGCGCCACGCCGAGCCUCAGCAGCUGCUCCACGCCCAGCAGCCCAGGUGAUUACUACAGCCCAGUGGAGAGUGACCUGAAAGUGGAGCUGACGGAGAAGCUGUUUUCUCUGGACACGGACGAAAGCACUCCGGCCAACACUGAGUGCGACUUGAGCGACUUGGACCUGGAGACGUUGGCCCCUUACAUCCCGAUGGAUGGCGAGGACUUCCAGCUGCACCCCAUCGUGCCAGAGGCCGAGGCGCUGGAGGCGGGUCCGGCGGGAUCCGGCGGGCCCGCCGUCGGCCUGGCUGCGGCGCAGCAGCCGACGCAGCGCAGCUUCAGCAACAUCGCCAGCCUCUUCCAGCCCCUGGCCUCCCCACCUCAGCCCCGAGGCCUCUACCGGGAGCAGCCCGCUGCGCCGUGGGCCGCGGGGGAGAAGGGAUGCUCCGGCCAGGGCGCCGUGGACUCCGGGCCCGGGUCCUGCCUGUUGGGCCACUUGCAAAAUGUCCCGGCGGCAGCCAGCACGCCUCUGUCGUCCAUGGGCGGCAGGCAGAACCUGCUGUGGCCACCGGACCCUCUGAUAACGUACCAGCAGCAGCUGCAGGCCAGCAAGGCGUACCUGAUGCAGCCUUUCCCUGGGGAGCAGCGCCCGUCCUGCCAACAGAACAUGCCACACCUCAUGCAGAAACACAGGUCCAUUGACAACUUUGUGCAGGCCUAUAGAGACAUGAGUCCAGCCAACGUGGCCGUGGCCAACAGUAUCAAGCGCUCCUUCACUCAGAUGGCUGUGGGUGACGGGACGCCCUCGGAAAACAUCUGGAAGAAGAUGAGGCGGGACAGCAGCGCCGGCUCACUGGCAGCGUCGGAGAUGGGCAGGAUGACGCCGGGAGGCGUGUCUCCGUUCCUCAGCUCCGCGCAGCAACACAGGAAGUGCCAGUAUCCGGGAAACGGGACGGGUGGCGAUGAUGAGAAACUCUUCCUCCGGAAGAGCUGCAGCUACACGUAUAACACGCAGCCCUGCAACAAGACCGAGGGUAUGGUCAGCCGUUUGCUGGGCCCUUCCUUCGAGUCCUCCUGUCUGCCCGAGCUGACCCGUUACGACUGCGAGGUCAACGUCCCCCUCCAGGGCAGCCUGUACCUCCUCCAGGGCCGCGACCUGCUGAGGGCCCUGGACCAGGCCACCUAGAGCCCUCGAGGUUCAAAGCCUGCCUUAAACCUGAACUUAAUCCCGACCCUAAGCCUCAGUGUGCAGCCAGAGAAUUAAGCCUUUCUUGACCUUCAUACCUCCGGGCAUUCUGGGAGCCCCGGGGCUGAGCUACCCACGGGAAACGGCGUUCACGACCACGUCCUGCCUUCUGCCUUUAGCUUCUACGCCUCCGCCCACGCUGUCGUCCCCUGUCCCCUUGGUCGUCCCGCACCUAGACGAGCUGAGACGUCAGAGUCACUGUCUUUGUCCUCGGAGGUCUCGACUCAAAUCAGAUACAGGUCGAACACCAGCGUUGUGCCCACGCGUUGAGCCAGUGACAUAGACGAGCUGCACUUUUAGGGUAACAUUGGUGAAUAAAGAGGUCAGCGCGGGACGAUUAACAGAGUGAAAAAUAACGCGACUAAAAGACUCGACACCGGAGUUUGAACUCGGUUCUUCAGUGCAGAUGGAGACCUGCCUUCUCCUCAGCAGCUCAGAGGAGCAAUAUACUACCUAGACGACACUGCGUCCUUUCACUUUGAAUAUUAACCAGCAGUUAAACCCAUUUAACGCCUUAGUUUCUGGCAAAAGGUCACGUUGUGUGUAUCAUGUAUGUUCUGAAUUGUAGCCGUGUUUGAAUUUAAAACAACAACAAGAGUUAAAUAAAUAUGCGCAUUAAAAAAAAGAGAAAGCUCCCGAAACGCCCAAAUCUCCUUUUUUAGGACCGAAGUAAGCAAAAAUAAAUACUAAUAUGUCAUUUGAAAAAAGCGGAGAAUCCAAACUAAUGAGCAUAAUCGGGAUGCAAGCGGUGCCUGUGAGGACCGACACACUUUAACGGCCUCCAUCGUACCCGAGUCGCUGUGACCAUCUGCAGCGCAGAGCAGUUUGCUCACGCCGGCAAUACUUCGGGUCAACUGUGGUGACAUUAUAGUGUUGUUUUACGUAUUAUAAUAAGAUAAUAUUUUAGAUUGUAUCCGAUGUCCACUGGUUAUUUUAUUUAAUCAACAGUAAUACUGCUCUAUAUAUCUAUACUCAUUUAUUUUUGUAUCUUCUUGUGCCAGAUUAUGGUGUCAAACAGACACACUACACUUAUAUUGCAACACAUUUAUUCUGCUGUAAUAUGUUAAAGUUUUUGUUGUAUUAUUUUUGUAACUUCUCCUUAAAUCUGUCCUUUAUUUAUCUGAACGUGUUUUUUUCCUCUCGCUUGACUCUCAGUCGGGUCAGUAGCUUGUGUGACUACAGGGUUUUUUCUUAUUGUGCAAUUAUCUCACAGAGCUAAAGUUUAUAUAGUCAGCAGCAAAGCUCGCCGUAAUAGUUCAUGUGAGCCAGUGGUGUGCACCGACGGCCAACGGGGGCAGGGGUGGGAUAUCUAAAAAGUGAAUGCUUUUCCCUUUUAAGAUUUAAUUGUUGCUUUUAACAGAGCACGAGGUUUGGGCUUUUGUAACCACAGGUCAAUUAUAGAUUACUUUGUUUUUAUAUUUUGUCAUGUUCCUGUUUCCAGCAUUCCAGGCAGCCGCUUUCUAUUCAUUUCUAAUACAGGAAACAGUGUCUGCGCCACAACAACAGAGUUUAAAACGCGCAAAGUCUGUGAGAUUUGUCGUAAAUGGGCAGAGACUUUCUUUAAGGUUACCGGCGGGUGGGGGGGGGGGGAUAUUUGGGGGCGUGUGGGCCAAUCACAGGAGCCCCCCCUCCCCCUCUUUGCACAAACCAAUCGGCCUAAAAUGGAUCUGAAGAGUAUUGAUCAUAGAUCUCAGUUCACAUGUACGUUGCGUAUUUACAGAGAAGCGUGCUGUUGACGAUGGUGUUCUCAGUGUUUGUGUCCUGGUACUUUUGUCUUUCUCUGAUCCCUCGCUGGGCAGUUUCCCCUCGUGCUCCCUCCGUGUUGUGGAAGUUAUUUUCCUCCUUUCCACUUUUAUUCUUAAAUAUCGUAUCGCUAAAACAUGUAUCGGAUCUCUUGGCUGAACACUUUUUGUUUCUUGCUGUAAGACGAUAAAACUAAAAACAAGUAAAAGCUAAAUCGGUUUCACUUUUCAGAUAUGUAGCAUUUUGAAUAUUGUAAAGAAGGUGACGUUGCCACAUAAUUAAUCAUAGUUUCUAAGUUUCAUUUAUAAGAGCAACUGUCAUGUUUUAAGACGUGUUAUUUCUUGAAUUCUAACAUAUAUUUGUUAUUUUUUUGUGUUUUAUGUUGUGCUGACAUUCUCUUUAAAGUGUAAACUUCUUAAUGUGCCUUAUGCUUGUCCCAAAGCGUCUAGUUUACCCUUCAAGUGCACAGUUGAAUCCAGAGUCUUUUAUUGAACACAAUCCCAACUUGACCUCGUAUCUGAACACAGUGACGUUAACAAUGAUUUUCAUAUUAACCCACUCGAGGUUUUGUUUCUUAAUUCUUAAUCCUCCUCAGAACCCGCUGGUUAUGACAAGUUAACAUUUGUGACAGACAACCGGACAGUUUGUUUGUGAUUGAAGCUGCUUAGUUGAAAGAGCUCCUUGGAGGGUCAAAGGUCAGAGGGAAAAAUUGCAAUUGUUGCACAGUUUGCCUUAAAAACUGGCAGGUAACAUGAUAAUUGAUUGUUUAGAAAGGGCUGUAACCAAAUCCUUUAAUCAUUGAUUAAAUUAAGUUAGUUCUUCCUUUUUAAUGUUAAUAUCAAAUUGAGAUAUUUCUAUUUGCAGGACCAUGUACAGUAAUAAAUAUGUUGAAUUACCAAUAAUGAAAAUAAAAUCUAAUGCGUUUGAAGUUCUGGAGAACAAGACUUUUUAGGUUUAAAAUGUUGAAUGUUUAAUUGCACAUGGAAGAAGAACAGAUGGACUUUCUCUCAAUCGAUGAGAUUUGAACUAAAACGGGUUAAUGUACGUGGAAAGAGUCGGCCAGAUGGAAGUCGAAUUUAGAAACUAAAAUCAAGCCCCUCCCCCAAGGUAAUGGGCGGGGCUUAAACUCCAUUCAACCCCUAGAGGGCGUAUGACCAACACGCUGUGCUGCUUGAAGGGUUUCCCCACAACACAAAAGUGACCAAAUGUAUCCGGCUCGCACUUCCUCUUUAAAGACGAUAUCAGCAUCUGGUGUCUCGUGUGGCAGCAGCGCUCCUGCUUCUCCUCAUGGGAUCCGUGUUUAGCUACUUGUAUUCUCUUUUUGUCCAUGUCAUACAGUACAGUUGUAUUAGCUGAUCAAUGGUCUUCAUUUUUUUAAUAUGCUCAAAAUCAAUAUUGAUUUUAUUGUUAUCAUAUAUUGUCAUUAUUGUUAUUACUAAUUGGGGAAUUCAACCCAAUAAGAAGCGUGUGUUUAUGCACUGAUAUCUUAUUAUUAAAGCAUACUGAUCUUACCCUCCCUCA